AUGAUUUGUUUUCUCUUGCUUAUCUUGUUUACAGCUUUGGCAGUUUUGUUCUGUUUUGCUGCUAAAUGUGUACUUGGAUCUCCAUGCGUCAUUGUCUUAUUGAUCCGUAAAUGGCGAAGGAGGCAUUUAUCCAUGUAUGACACCAUUGAAGAUUAUCUACGAAGUGACAAUAACAUCAUGCCUAUAAGGUACUCUUACAAAGACAUCAAGAAGAUAACAGAACGAUUCAAGACAAAGCUAGGGAAUGGAGGUUAUGGCUCUGUCUUCAAAGGACAACUUCGAAGUGGCCGUUUAGUAGCCGUCAAGAUAUUGGAUAAAGCCAAAGCCAGUGGUCAAGAUUUCAUCAAUGAAGUUGCUACCAUUGGUAGGAUUCACCAUGUCAACGUUGUGCAGCUCAUUGGUUUUUGUGUUGAGGGAUCAAAGCGUGCUCUUAUAUACGAAUUCAUGCCAAAUGGGUCUCUCGAAAAAUACAUUUUUUCUCAUGAAGAGAGUUCUUCCUUAAGUUGUGAAAAAUUGUUUGCCAUUUCUCUUGGAGUGGCUCGUGGCAUUGAAUAUAUGCAUAAUGGGUGCAACAUGAAAAUUCUACACUUUGAUAUCAAGCCUCAUAACAUCCUUCUUGAUGAGAAUUUCAAUCCAAAAGUUUCUGAUUUUGGACUUGCAAGACUUUAUCUUACAGAUAGUAGUAUUGUGUCUUUGACUGCAGCAAGAGGAACCUUAGGAUACAUGGCACCUGAGCUCUUCUACAGAAAUGUUGGCACUGUGUCAUACAAAGCUGAUGUCUAUAGCUUUGGGAUGUUGUUAAUGGAGAUGGCUGGUAGAAGGAAGAACUGGAAUGAAUAUUUGGCUGAGGAUUCAAGCCAAAAUUAUUUCCCUUACUGGGUUCAUGAUCGGUUACAUGAUGGAAGGGAAUUUACAAUUGAAAAUGACACAGAUGAGGAGAUGAAAUUGGCAAAGAAAAUGUUCAUUGUAGCAUUGUGGUGUAUACAGACAAGCCCUAGCGAUCGUCCUCCGAUGGAUAAAGUGUUAGAGAUGCUUGAAGAAGAUGAGGAAUUACAAAUGCCUAGUAAGGCUCCUUAUCUACAUCCACAAGAUUCAUCAGCAAAGGAUGCUAGAGAUCAUAGCAGCUCAGUGUCAUCCUCUGAAAUAACAAUAAGUGGUUCCAAUGAGUCAAUCUGA